UAGUGCAGGCUUUUGAGCCCUUGGAGCUAUAUAUUUGCUUAGCCUGCUCACUCACUCUGAGCUCACAUCUCCUAUAUACUCCUCUCUCCAUCUCUAUAUAUAAACCCUGCACAGCUAGCACUAGAUCGAGUUAUAUAUAGUGUAUUCGAUCAUCAGUUAGCCAGCUCUAGCUGACUGCAGGGGAAGGGAAGGAAUUAAUGGAGAGGGCGGCGCCGGGCGGCGAGGUGAACCUGGACCUGAGGCUGCUCCACCACUCGACGGUGGCGGCGGCGGCGGCAGCAAGAAGGCAACACGUGACGCCGAUGCCGAUGCCGGUGCCGGCUGGUGGCGUUUCGGAGGGCGGCGGCGACAGGAGCUUCUCGUGCACCUACUGCCGGCGCAGGUUCUACAGCUCGCAGGCGCUGGGCGGCCACCAGAACGCGCACAAGCUCGAGCGCAGCCUCGCCAAGCGCAGCCGCGACCUCUCCUCCGCCGUUGCCGGCAUCGCUGGGGCCGCGUCUUCUUCUUCCUCGCCGCCUUCGCCGGCGGACCUGAUGAUCAUCGGCAGCAGCAGCUGGUACCCGCCGCCGCGAGGAUCAGGAUCCGGAGACCACCACGUUGUAGUUGACCAAGCAGCAGCAGGGUCGCCGUCGGCCGCGGCAGCAGCCGCCGUUGUCAGCUGGAUCGCCGACGGAGCCGGCCGCCGCCGCCACAGUGGGUACCAUACCCGCGUGCACGCCGGCGCCGAGGACGACGGCAUCGACUUGUCGCUCAAGCUGUAAAAUAUUCGAACUACGGUUCAUCCAUGCAUGCAUCGAUCGAACAUCGAACGUAUAUGUCUAUCGGGUCGACGUACAUAUAUAAGAUAUGCGUACGUAUGUCGAUCUGUGGCAAGCAUUAAGCACUCCAAGCAUGCAUCAAUGCAUGCAUGGGACUCGUUGUUAAUAAUUGAGAUGCUUAAUAUCUAUCGAUUCCCCAGCUAGCCCAGCAAUUUAAUUGCAAUUGUGUUGGUUGAUUAUUAGUACGUGUACUGCUAUAUAUAGAACGAAAUGUUGUAUAUGCAGAAAUAGGUUGACUGAUCGUUAUAUAUAUAAAUCGAACAUUAAAUUGCA